AUGAUUCACUCUCUCUCUCUCUUUUCCCACUCACUCAAAGUUUCAUACAUUUCUAUAUUAACUCACACAUUCUUCUCUUUUUUUUCUCUCGUUUAUAAUAUUUUUUCAUACUCUGUUUUCCUGCUAUCUCCUCUCUCUUUCUUCUUUGCUACUCUCUCAAAGUUUUCUGCUUUUUAUCUUUCUCAGUUUACUCAUUUUCUCAUUGUCUUUUCUUUCUUUAUAUCUUUUUUCUCCUUUUCCACUCACUUGAAGUUUGAUAUCUCAGGAUAUAAAAUCUUACUUUUUACUCUUUUCUACACUCUUAAGCCUACUUUUUUCUUUCUCUCUCACUUCAUGUUCUCAUUGUCGUCUUCUUUCUUUCUUUCUUUCUUUCUUUCUUUCUUUCUUACCUUACUUAAUUUCUUUCUUUCUCUCUCUUCUUUCUUUCUUUCUUUCUUUCUUUCUUGCCUAUUCCUUCCUUCAUUACUCUGUCUUUAUCUCUCUCUCUAUCUAUUCAUUUCUUUCUUUAUCUCUUUCUCUUUACCAUUCUUUGAAAGCUUCUUAAACACUGUAUAUAUAUAUAUAUAUACACUCUUUUCCUGUCUUACAGCUUUCCUUCUUUUUUCUUUCUUACAUUAUUUCUAUCUCUCUCUCUAUCUCUCUAUCUCUCUGUCUCUCUCUCUCUCUAACUCAUUUCUUUCCUUCUUCUUUUUAUCUUUACUUGAAAGCUUCCCAAGUACUUUAAAUAUACACUGUAACAUAUUACUUUUCCUUUCUCUCUCUCCCUCUCUCUCUCUUUCUCUCUCUCUCUCCCUCUCUCUCUCUUUCUCUCUCUCAUAG